GUCGAAACGAAACGUCGCUGUAGAUGCGUUAGUCUUAUUGGUCUUAUCUGUAAUUUGAGAGUGUAUGUGCAGUAGUUGUCAGUGUUUCGAUAAUGAAUCUUUUAUUAUACGUUGAGCGCAAGCUGCAGUUUUAAUCUCUGGAAAAUUGUGCAUUUUUAACUGAUAGAAGAAGUGUUCAAUCAUUGGAUACCAAGUCGCUUGUGGUUAAGAGGUCAUACGCCGACAUUUUCUAUUUUUGCCUCAGUGGAUUUUCGAAUGCUUGGGUUUAUUUGUCUACCCCGUCGGUACUUGUGCUUGGUGAAAGUUUGAACUUAGUGCUUUUCAAAUACUGUGUGAGUUCGUAACAUGACCGAGGAUCGAAGUCCUUGUACUGGAAUCUUAGUUUUUAACUGAAGUCUGUGAUAUCUACUUUAGUGUUAGGCUUGCCCUAUUAAGUCAAGAUCUUUUAGUAUCGUUAAGUAAUACCCUUCAAGAAGAAAUGUCGAGACCAACAUCAACUGAAGGGAAGGAAUUAUCAAGUAGAGAGAGAAAAUCCAUGUCUGAAGAUGAUGCUGAAGAAAGCAAUGCCAUGAGUGAAGGUGGAUUGUCUGGAGAUGACAAGGACAAGGAGGAUGACGAUCGGACGCGCCAGGUUCCUGAGCUUCAAUACUCAAGGGAGAAACUUAUGAAGUUGCGUUCUCAUCCAUUGGCGAAUGAACGGCCAGCCUGCUUGGAUACUCCCAACAAUGAGGCCAUUGAACGUUGGCAUGGAGAUCGGAAGAGGUCUGAAACUCCAACUGAAGAAGAUUCAAGACGGCGUGGAGAUUCAACUAGCAAUGCUGAAAAGAGACGCUCUAAUGACCCUCGGGAGAGAGUUAGGAAGGAGCAGGAUGGUAUUGUCUUAAGUCCACAACGUCGCAGCUUUAACUCAGGUUGUUUUGUGCCAACGACUCAAUCUUCAGUGGUGUCUGGACGCAGGCCUGAGAGUCCCAUCGGGAAACCUGAGAGCAACCUAAUCCUUGGCCGUGACAUUGGCCAUCGCGAGCUAUCCAACGCGCGUCGGAUUGGGAGUGGGCGAAUCCCAGCCCGAGAACCGUCUUGGGAGAUGCGUGAUCCUUCACGGGAUAUGCGGGAGGCGGUUUGGGACCAACUUGAUGCUAACCUUGCCCCUGAGCACGGUUCAUUCCGUCCUGGUGGGGGUGGUUCAUCUAGUGGUCCCAUGAGUCGAAGUGGUGAUUUGGAACGCAACCACCGAGAGCGGGACGCUGAUUUAAGGCAUGAUAGCCGCCGACCGCGAUUUGGCUGGGACUUCCCUCGUGAUCGGGAAGGUGAUCGGGAGCGAGACAGGGACCGCGAGCGUGACAUGGAGAAAGACCGUUUCGAUAAGAGAUUUGAGAAGGGCCGUAACGAUCGACAUGACCGUAUUGAUGACAGGAUGACUGACCGUUCCAUGAGACGAAAUGACAGGGACGACAGGAGGGACGACCGGAGAGACAGAGAUGACCGCUAUGGAAGGAGACGCCAUGACAGCAGAGAGGAGGAACCAGAGUGGUUCUCAGCUGGUCCUACUUCUCAACAUGACACAAUUGAACUACGAGGAUUUGAGGACAUUCCAGAAGAUGGUCAAGCUACAGGUCGUGGCAAGAAAAACACUAGGACCAAAGCAAAUUCUAGAGUAACGCCAGCUGGCAGGAAGAACUCUGACUCAAGUAUUUCGAUUGGUAGAACAGCAACAACGCCACCUCCUCAAGAAACUAUGAAGAAGAAUUCACCUGAUGGCAAGGGCGAUAAAUCUGACAAGUCUCGCGCUGCUGGUCCUUUAGCAACAUCUUCACCUGACACGAAGGAGAAGAGGGCCAAACAAUUGAAGUCCCUGACUGAUGCUUCGGGCAAUGGGAAGGAUGUCAAAGAGAAAUUGGAUUCAGAACCUGCUCAGGUUGAGAAUGGGAAAGCUGGUCAUGCAUCUGAAACACCUCAGCUUGACUUUAAUCUUGAUGAUUUCUUGAAGAGUGAUUCUUUACCCAUGCUAAUGAAUGGUGGCCAAGCAGAAGCUGCAUCAGGUGGUUCAAGGUUCCGGCAAUGGUUUUCUAAGAACAGUCCAACAAAUGAAGAUAGUGUCCGCGCAGUACCUGAUGACCUGAACAAUAUGUUACAAGACUUGCCUGAAACAAGGAUCACCAUUCCUCUGGAAAAGGGACUUGACAAUUUCUUUGCACCCAUCUCCCCUGCUGCUAACACUCACCAAAAGCAGCAAUUCCUUCAGCAGCAACUUCAGGCUAGACAACAAAACCAGCCCAACAAAUUAUUAGAAAUGCUGCACAGAGGAUCUGAGUCCCAAUCUCAUCCUGUUCCAGGCGAAAUUCCUAGUAUAAAAGACUUAGAAGCUUCUGGUAAGAUUCACAGCGUUGAGGAAUUGGAAGCAAGAAUGCGUCCAAAGUCUAUGGAUGGUGGCGGAGCAAUGCCUCCGGUCAGAGAACCUAGGUUGGCGGAUCCUGCUAUUGCCAGUGUUGUGCAUCAUGGUGGACUUCCACCAAUGCUGCAGCAAAGGGAGGAUGAUGUUGCUGCUUUCAAGAAACUGAUUAUGAAGCGGAACCACGAACCUCAAGUUGGGAGUGAGGCUCCUGGUGCUGCUAACAAUGUUAUGAUGAAUGCUUUCUCAGGCGUUCCGCAAUCAUUCAAUUCAGUUGGUUCACCACACCAGCAGUCACAGCCGAUGCAGAUUCCUGAGGACUUGCUUGUGAAGUUACUUCAAGUUCAACAACAGCAGCAGCAGCAGCAUCCACAUCACACACAACAGCUACUUCAGCAGCAACAGCAGCAAAGACAGCAGCAAGACGUGUUGACAAAGCUUAUGAACAAUGCUCGUAUGUCUCAGCAACAAAUGCACCAGCCUCAUCAAAUGCACCAACAAUCUAACAGGCGUCAAGGUCAGAUGAUGCAGUCCGGACACUACAGUGGGCAUUCUUCAAACCGAUCACCCCUGCCUCCUGAUGUUCAAUCUCUUAUCGCUAACACCCCUUUGAAUCAUGACUUGCUUCAGCGGGCUGAAGCUCAAGCCAUAAUAAGAGGGCUCAUGCAGGGAGAAAUCACAAUUCAGCAUCUUGUUCAGCAACUUCAGAACCCUGCUAUUACUCGGCGUCAUCAAGAGCUGUUACUCAGCAUUCUGAAAACCCACUCCUUCAAAGGCAGUGGUGAUUAUAUGGGGCAAAGAGUUCCAUCACCCAGAGACAUGGCUCUUCAUAAUCAGAAUAUGCAAUCAGCAUUGAUAAAGAAGAAGUUGGAGGAACAAAAGGAAACCUUAAGGAAGCGUCAGGAACCUCACAGGUCACUUUCUCCGAAUAUUGGAAAUUUCAAUGCUAUGAACAAGAACGAUAUGAAGCAUCCUAUGUCUUCCCCUUCUCCAUUAGCCUUCACUCCUACCUCGGUCUUAAAGAAAAUGAAUGCUGAAAAGGAUGGUGAUCAAAAGAUAGGUGGAUUGCCAGCUGGGCUCACUCUGAAUGACCUUCAGCAAAUGCAGCAGGGUUCUCGGCAUCCCUCUAUGCAGAUUUCAGCGUCUCAGGUGCAGCAGCAGCAGCAAUCUCAGCAGCUACCUCAACAUCGAAUGCCUCAAAAUUGGAAUCAAAACAAAUCUCAGAAUCAGCCUCAGGGUCGUCCUAUCCUGAAGUCUAGCAACAACUUCACCUAUUCAGGAAACGACUCUGUAUCUCAGCCUGGUGGUCCACCACCGAACCAUCCGCAGCAGGUGCAGGCACUGCCUGCUUACAUGCGAGGAGGCCCACCACCUUCACAGUUUCCUCGUUCCAAGAUGACAAUGAGUACCCCUCCACCAAAUAUGGCCCAGCAGCCCCCGCAGUACAACAUGAACAUGAUGCAAGCCCGUCCUGGUUUAUCUCAAUCAUCAAAUCCAAGAGGCCAACACAUGCAGCCUCACCCUAGUGGUGUGCAGAAUCAUCAUCAACACAAUACAUCUACACUUCAGCAAAUGCUGAUGGGAAACAACUUCUCUCAAAAUCAUAAGAGUGAAAUGUCACAUGGUGGCUCUGGAGAUGUAGGAUCAAAUGGCAAUCAACUUUCCCGCUGGUUUUCACCUCAACUGCUGGCUCAAGCCAGAUCAGGCCCUUCAGUGCCUGCCCAAGGUAUGCUUAGCGUAGAAGACAUUGAACGUCUGCAACAGUCAGUGCACAACUAAAAGUGGUUGUCACUUAGGUUUCAAGCAGGAUCAGCUCAGCACUCAUUGACAAACUGCUCUUCAGAUAAGGAAAUGCUAUGCUCAGUUGUUUAUUGAACUCCAUUGAUAAUGUAUCAAGUCACAUGGCAAUGAUCUUUUAUUUUUGUUUUGUAACCUUUAUUUAAAAUGCCAACAUAUGUUUUAUUUUGCUAUAAACUGACUUCUGGAAGUUUGAGGAGACUUUGUUACUGUGUUGUAAUUUCACUCUUGGCGAAUCAUUAGGCCUGAUGAUCUAUUUCAAAAUAGUUUUUUUGUUUUUUAACAAGCUAGUUAGUUUGUUUCCCUGUUGUGUUAAUGAAGUCCCUAAAUCAGUGCUAGUUUCUGUUUUCUGAAUUUUGGUACUGUUGCCUGUAUCACCUUGCCACAGAAGGUUUGAUUUAUUGUGCAUUGUUUUGUGUUGUACUCCUUUUGAGCAAAAAGAGCAAAAGAAAACAAAUAGAACAUUCUUGAAAGCAAGGCAGUGUAAUUUCUCAACCAAAAUAUCCUAUCCAUUUUCUGUAUACUGAUUAAAAAUAAUCAAGAAGACUGUGUUCUGUUAAAUGGAAAAGUCUUGAGCACUCGAAACUAUUCAAUGCUUCCUUUUGUAACCAUGGGUAAUUCAGCUGUGUUAAUUAUUGAAUUCGAAUCAACUGGUGUAAUCACAAUCUCGAUGUCAUCCCUAAAUGUAAAAUGUGAGGUGUAACAUAAAGCAAUGAAUAUGCUGAGUUAGAUCCUCCAAGAUUUGCUAUGAUACAUUUGUAGCAAAUUGUGAAUUUUUAGAAAAUAUUUAAAUGCAUAGAAAUUGGUGGAAGAUAUAAAACGGUAACAUUUUUGUCUUGCU